AUUAGAACAAAUAAAAUUAUAUUUAUUGUAAGUAAAACACACACGGUAAACACACGGGUAAAUAAUAUUGCUGCGACCUCUACAAAUCUAAAUAAAUUUUUUUUUUAUAUUACACACACAUUGUUGUUACGCAAAACUACUACGUAUCUCUUAAUAUUCGCUAAUUGUAUCUGAAUUUCUUUCUUAUUAAAUUUUCUAUUCAGCAGAGAACGGAACCAGAAAAUUCCGUGCGGUGCUUAGAAGGACGUUUUUUUUUUUAUCUACUGGUCGACACACACGUGGUUACGUAGUUCACAUCCGCAGAGACGUGCACAUCGCGGCGCUCGAGAAAACGAAAGAGAAAACGUGCAUUCUGCUAUACAACAUACACGCGGAAGACGUGGACCGACGUUGGCGCUCGGGUUUCGCGGCGGUGACAUUUCCAUGGAAACGUAGACGCUCCGGUCGCGUUUCCGUUCGUGUCCGCCCGUUUCUAGAUUUUCUGUUCGUCGCGACUCGACACGUGCGGUUUUAGGUUAUACACACAGCCAGAAGAACGGGCUGUCGCUUCCUCCUCGGAACGGAAUUCGCACGCUGGCAGGAUCCUGGCCGUCCUCGCGUCCUGCGGUAAGAUUCUUUCCCUCUCUCUCCCCUCUUCUCCCGCAUUAUUUCACGUGUGCCGGUCUCCCGUGCAAGAGAGACGGGCUAGGGUCGUUUCUGGACUUUUCGUUUCAGACUUUUUCGGUUUUCUUCUAUUUUUCCUGCCGACAAUCCGUCGACAUUCUUCCGCUUAUAUCUCUCCUUGCGAUUUCGGUCCAUCUUGUUUAUACUUGUUCGCACGCGUAUCGAUCGGUUUGAAAUCGUAGCGCGCGCUUGCGAUAUCGUAAGACAAUAAAGUUGAAAGUGAAAUUGCGACUGGGGUAGACAAAUACACGAUUUUUAAUCGUUCACCGUGACUUCGUAUCGAAGUUGUUUUGUGUGUGUCAACCAGUCUAUGGACAACCUGCGGUGUUCAGAGAGAACUUGGCUUCUUUUGGAAGAUAAAAACAAAUCAAUCAUUAGUCUGUGGUUAAACUGUCUUCCUUACUUAUGAAAUGAGCAAUUGGACAGAAAGAAUCCAUCUGCGCGCCACUACAUUGGGAAAUAUUGUAACAGGUUGUGGACAUUCCACCUCAAGGCAACGGUAUCGUCCGAAACGCCUCGAAAAAGUCAAGUUCGGAGUGCCGCUCGAUGAAGUAUGCAAGAACGACAUCCCCGGUCCGUUGCUGGUUCUCAUCCUGAUAUUGAACAAGGAAGCUCCCUUCGCGAAAAAUAUUUUUCGCGCUCCCGGCCAUCAGGGAAGUAUGAAAAAGCUGAUACAUAUUCUGCAGACGGGUCGGCUAGUUAAUAUCAACAACUUUAGUAUCUACACGAUUGCCAGCGUGAUAAAGAAGUUUUUGUGCAAGAUACCCGGAGGAAUAUUCGGAAAGGAAUACGAGGAACAGUUGUUUAACAUCAUUCAGUUGGAAAAUAUAGAACAACAACGAGACCAAAUAUACACAUUGAUCAAUUCCCUGCAGCUGUACACGCAGCGAUUGCUGGUAUUGCUCUUCGGAACCUUCAGAUUGAUCGCGGUGAAUAGCGAGUUAGCGCAAACGCAUAUGAACAGCGAAGCAUUGGGCGUCUCCGUCGCACCCUCGUUUUUUCACAGCUGCGUCAGCGACGGAAAGACCGCCAAAGUGGAAGACGUUGUCAGAUUUAAGAUCGCCACACGAGUUACCAAGUUCUUAAUAGAUAACUUUAGCGUGUUGAAUCUAUUUGGAAAAGACAAUUACGAAUAUUACGCACGUAUUACCGGCCGGAUAAUGAAGGUGGAAAAAGACUGGAUAUUUAAUUUCCGAUACGCUUCAGACGAUCCCGAAACGAAACAAGGUUUAUCGGUGGAAACGGAGAAAACGCGAUUACAAUGCGAGUGUGUAAAGUGGGGACUGAAGUUUAAUUUAGAUAAAAUACUGCAUCAAGAGCAAUCGCAAUCAACGCUGGCGUUGGUCCACGUACCUGAAACGAUGAAACUCACGUCAUCAUUGAGCAUGAUUCCGGAGAACAUUUUGCUCGAAAAUUGCAAACGUCUCUCGGUCAGUGUGGACGAGGAGAGCUUUGCGCAGAUAUCUAGUCGUUCUUUGAGUAACAGCGCCAGCAGCAACAGCCAUCUUUCCAAACGAAGCUUCAGCUUGACGAGCACGAGACUCGACGAGCUGCGCGCGAUAAACCGCUACGCCGAGAGCACCAGAAAUCUCACGUACAUGCCGCAGGUUCACGAGAGGCAAACCGAGCGGAUGCGAACCAGAUCCGAGUGGUUUCUCUCGCCCGUGAGGGGAGAGAUGACCGGCGAGCCCACCACGAUACACGUUCUGCACAAUUCGAAUAGGUCGUCCUCCGGCAAUAUCGGUUUUUGUUCAACUUUUCCUGUUCAAGCUUCCUCGAAACCGAUGAGCCUGAGCGCGAGCGCGGAGUCGAUAAAGAGGUCGAGCUUGCGGAGAAAGGUUUCCCGAGAGAAGCAACGUCGCUCGUCCAGCAACAAACAGAACGGUUUCAAGGUAAUACGUAUAUAAGUUAAUUAAUAUUACAACGUUUUUGAAACAACGAACGAGGGAAACGACAUUCAUCGUAUUAUUAUUUGUUAUAUAUUUGAAAGAAUUUAUAGAUGAGAGUGUCAAUGUGUUGAGAUGUGAUUUAACGUUAAAAAUGGAAACUCUGCGACGAGGAUGGCACUUAACGAAUAUGUUCUCAUUCCAUAACCAAAGCGAUAGAUCGUUCACGUGAAUGAAGAAUUCGCAAAUACAGUUAGAUGUAACACGUGGACUUGAUUUUGUAAAUAUAAUUUUGUGAAGGAAGAUUUUCUGUCAACAGCGUCUGCCGCAGCAGUUGUUGUAUCGUACAGACGCAGCGUUGUUAUACUUAUCGUAUUUAUGCUAAAAAAAAAAAAAAAAAAAAAAA